GGACUAACUUAAUCAGUAAGCUAAUCUCAAACUCUUCUUCUCUUACUACUGUAUCCAUGUUUUUUUGUACAUAUUAGAUUUGCAGCAUGUUAAAUAUAGCUCCAUAAGAUGUGAUUACACAUUUAUGAAAUUUGAUAUCUUUUAUUCCCUACACUUCAAAGGAACAGAAAUAUUUUGCGUUGCCAGUUCGACCUCUGGUACCUGUCAUGUGUGGAGUAUAUGCAUUCUUGUAGCACCACUUGUUUGACGAUGGCAAUUUUUCAUUCAUUUGCUAUCAGUACUCAUUUAACAGUAUAAUUCCUGCAGGAUAGCAGAAAUAAGAUCUAAAUUGUUGUUUUGAGGAGAUUUUCCAUUCAUCCCAGCAUAUAUACACAGACCUUAAAGAGCGUAGUCAUUAGCUCAUUACUAAAGACUACAGAAGGUGCGAAAAGCUUCAUACAAAAAUAAAAAUUUCGUGUAUCAUGCAAUCGAAAGCCACAGGAUCCUCAAGGAAACAAUUUCUGUAACUGAACAUUUGCUUAUGUUGGUUAUGUAAUGACUGAAUAACAUGAUGAUAUGUUGAUGUGUGAUUCUAUAUUGCCACAUCUGACUACAGUGACAAAUUUGGGUCAUUAUUUGUGUAUAUUCUUUAUAUUGUAAAACAUCUGUGAGCUUUACAUUAUGAAAUGCAUUACUUUUUUCCUGAACCUCUGGGCUGAGAGAUCAGAAUCAACAUGGAAAACUAUUCCUUGACAUUUUGUCUCCCACUGUCAGAGACAGAACUUGAUAGAGUAGUUCUGACUUUUGUCAGAGCAAGUGAAUGAGUGUUCCAAUAAAAUGUACCACUGAAGGAAAUUGAAGUUUCAAGAGACUAUCAAACAUGUAGGCUAUCACGACUGGUGUUUACUCCAGUUAAAGCUUCCAGGCAGUGCUGUUUUACCUCUGAAGAUAUCUCCCACAGUCAGUAAUGAAAUGUCAGGGUAUAGUUUUAUAUAUCAACCAGCAUGUAUCAGCCCAGAAGUUUUAACUGAUAUAUACACUGGCCUUGGAAACUUACAUUGUGUGGAGUUCUUUUGAUGAUUCAGUUUCCUCCACUGUGGCACAUUUUAUUAGACUGUUCCUACAGUUGCUGUGCAAAAGUGUUAUAUACUUUUGUAUGUUGUGAUUGACCUUAAAUGGACAUUUUAUUUGAAUUUAUUUAAUGUUGAGUGCCUUGGACCCAUGAAUCAUUGAUACCAAGUCAAUAUGCAUUGGUUUUCUUGAUUCCAUACAGCCCUCAUAAUGCAUGCAAAACAGGACGUCCCAAUUUUUUUGUAAUACUGACACAAUAGAUUUGAGAGAGAUAGAAUGUUGAAAACAUAUAGUGAUGAAUCCCACUUGCUAACACACUGUUAUUCAGACAGGUGGCAGAGGAGUUCUCUUGUGGGGUACGUUUAUGUGGGAUUAAGUUGGACUCCUGGUUUAUCUACUAUCGUGCUUCAACUACAGACAAACAACAGAGGAUCUUAUUAUUAGAUUGUGUGCAUCCAUUUGUUCACCUACAGUUGCAUGGAGUCAACCUAUACCACCAACAAGCCUUUUUUUGUGCUAUACAUGACUCAGUCUCAUCAUUAUGCAUGUAAUGCCGAUGUACUGUAUUCAGAAACAAUAUCAAUUGUCAACCUUUUAAAUUCAAGCACAGAGUCUUGAAGAAUGUGCUUGCUCAUAAUCGAGGAAACAUUGCCCAUUUCCGGCUAGUGAACUCUUGUUGGCUGGCGAUGUGUUAAAUCGCACAAUAACCAGCGCAGUACCACACCACAAUAACAUACAUAAAAUGGGCUCACCUACUGGAUGUGUGGAGAGGGAGAGUGGCCUUUCAAUGACAGGAUUGCAGGUUCCCGAGGAUUAUGUGUCAAAGGAAGUAUUUGAUGCAGUCAAUGUGUACAUUAUUCCUAAGCCUCAGCUGCAAAGAAGCAUCCUGACCAUAGAUGCAGUAUUCCCAGUUGUGGAGCCAAUAACCUUCACGAUCCCCUGGUACAUCUCUGGUGUUUCCAGAGACCACUUGCAAAAAUUCAGCCUGCUGUUAUUGGCACAGCGAGUUAUCUGUUGGGUCUUGUUCCUGACUGCUCUGAGAGCACCCCGAGUGUUGGUGCUUGGGUUACUUUUCAAUACAUUUGGAUAUAAAAUAACGGGAUUUCCAGUGAGAAUAGAUGAUGCAAAAUAUGCAAGAAAUGCAUACUACUUUAAUCUCUGUUUUGUGUGUGAUGCAUGGGCUCGCACUGUGCAGUAUGAACCUGUUGUGAAGAAGCUUUCUGAAUAUUUGUUGACAAUGGAAGAAGAAGGAUGUUUCCUAUCACAAGUUAGUUCAGAAACUACAAAGCAUCAUCAGCUUUUUAGUAUACUUAAACAGAUUCUCAACAAUUUAAAUGCAACAGGGAUGUCUACUGUGAGAGAGGGAGAAAUGACGAUGUUCCUCAAGGUUGUCAGAGCUGCUACUGAUCCUCCGCCAGUUAUGGAUCAUCAUGUACCAAUUUUUACAACAGAGAAAGGUGUUUUUCAAGAGGAACAGUGGGAUUUGACAACUCAGCAGCUGCUGCCUCAUGUUGAUGGCUUCAAGCAUAUUGCACAAAUAGCUGUUGAUGCAGAUGUUGAGAACAGUCUUGUUAAAGCCUGCAUACAAAACCUCCUAUAUUACAAAGCUGUAAGCCUGCUGCCCAUAUUCUUGUACAGUAAUGUUUAUACACCAACACCGAAGGUGCGCUUGUUGGCAACAGACGCAGCAUUGCAAGAGGAGUGCAUUAAAUAUGUUUCUGUAUCAGGUCAACAAUUACCAUCUGUGCAAGAGAUCUUUGUAAUGUAUUGCAGUAUGACUCAUGGUACAACUUUGCAGGAUCUUUGCUCACGAUAUAACCCACAGGAGCAUAACAUUGAUGAAAGAAAGCUUGUACAGUUUGGACUCCUUCAUAAACUGAUUAGGAGGAUAUGUAAAUAUCCAGUCUACAUAAAAUCAACAAAUCAUUGUCAGCCAGUCACUUCACUGCAGCAUAGUUUCACUGGCCUGUUGUCGUAUGAUGAAGUAUGCUGUACAAGAGGGUACAGUCCGAAAACUUUAGAAGAGAAAGUAGAGUCAGAUCCAUCGGUAGUUGUGAUAUGGAAAUAGUGCUGUGAUUUAAGAGUUCUCAUUUUUUUGCACAUUAAAUGGAGGAAAUAAUAUUUAUAAUGAUCUGCCUGAAGACUAUCAUACAUGUAAAUACACUUUUGCACUUCAUACGAAAGAAGUUGCUUAAAAAUCACUACAGUACAAUUUUUAAUGCCAAAAUUAAUUCAGUAUUGUAGUAUUUCCAAAUGAUCUAGAGUUUAUGAAAAUGUUAUGUAAGAUUAUACCAUAUUUGUGUUUCGCAAUGAACAAUCUAUGUUUUGUGAUAAGACUGUAUAAAAUAAGAAGACUGCAUAUUGUAUGUCUACGUGAUUGUAAGGCUGACAAGUAGUUAUUUUGUUGUAGAUUCAUUGUAUUAGCAAAACUGUCUCAGUAAUUGUUUAAUACAUAAAAGCACAACGAACUGCUUUAGAAUGAGUCAUCGAAAGAGUCCAAGUAAUUAAGCUGUAAUUUUGUCAUAUUUAUUUUACCAUGAUGAGAUUCUUCUUCAUAAGCACUCAAGGCACUCGAUUUAAUUUCUGUUGUCAUCCUUGUAUGUGUAACUUAUGAAAUUCAUCAUGUUGUUUUUUUGUUUUUGUUUUCUUUCUUUUUUUUUCUAUGAGAUAUGAUAUUUUGUCAUUUUGUAUACAUAACGAGAAUAGAUCACUACUUACGAAAUGGAGGAACAUUGUGAGACAACAGUCUCUCCCUCCCUCCC